GUUUCUUUUAAAUCGGAGACUUGACUUUCUCACAGUCAGAAGAUGAUGAAUUUGUUUGACAUACAGCAAUUUAUUGUUUCAAGCUAUUCAUUAUAGUACCAGCUUUAGAAAGAAUUUUGGAUUCAUUUCUGAAGCAGUGUAGUUAUCAUCAGUCAAUAGGUGUCCUACUGGAAAGCUUUAAUUGAAGAUUAAAAGAAAAAUACACAAAGGAUGAGGAAGAACAUGAACGUGUUGCUACUGAUCUUGAUCCACAUCUUCACACCCUCAUCGGCACAAAACACAACCGCGGUAUCUACAAAUACAACAACAGAGAUCUUGACACGGCCAGUGGAUGUCUCUGUGUUUGUGGGGGACCCCGCCGUGUUUACCUGUGCUGUGCCUGAAACAUCUCCUGUUGUCACCUUCACCUUGUUCGGUGGUCAUGGCAGUUACAGCCUCACCUGCCCUGGUGGACAUGUGGAAGAUAUCCCCCAGGCUCUUUAUGGAAGUUGUCAGAUAAAAAAAGGACAGUCAGUGGCUGCGUGGACCUUCAAAGGAACUUCGAAAUCAGACAAUAACACAAGAGUUGUUUGUCAGUUACCAAAUGGUUUUGACUCUUCCACUGCCACUCUACGUAUCUAUGAUAAUGGCAGUUACAUGGCCAUCCUCAUUGGCUGCGCUAUUGGGGGCUUCUUUGGCAUCAUCCUCGUAUUUGCUUUGUCUUACACAUUACUGAAGAGAUCCGAGGCCUGCCAGAAAUGUUUCCGGCCCAAGGAAGAUGAAGAUGAUACAUUCGCAAUUAUAUCCAAGGAUUUUGCAAAGCAGAAGAAUUAAUGUCAUGUUUUUCCCCAAUAACAAAUGAUGAAUCAAAUCAAAAUUAAAAUCAAGAAUCUGCUCAGGUGCCAAUGUGACCUACAAAUAAAAAAGGCUUAAAAAAAUAUCUAUGAUAGCAACAACAACAGAAAAAAAAUAAUGGUCAACAUUUUUCUUCAGGGGCUUCAAUGACAGUGAUUAAAACCACAUACUAAUGUAAUCAUCAGUUCAAAUUCAUGGAACAUUGAGGUUUUGAACAUGAAGCACUGAAGGGUUGCGUUUAUAUGUGAGGCAUUCCUUGAAGGUGAAAAUUUGCAGUGUUUCCUAAUCCCUCGUAGAAAAAUGUUUUGUUUAAAAUAAACAAUGAACUAAAAUAUCAAA